CAGGAUGGCGACAUUGGAUGAACUCAUGAGGCAACUAAUUAGGUUCCAUCAGGUCAUAAGUUAAGUUAAACUAAUUUUAAGGUAGCAGCAUUUUAAAAAUAAAAAAAAAGAAAAAUAAAAGUAAGGAGGAGCCAAGAACUGAACGUAAAGAACACCUCUGCGCAUGAAACAGUUGCAAGGCCCCGCUCUGGAUCGAUUCUUAACCGCCUGAUUAAUCUAUCUCUUCGUUAGUCUCCGACUCCGAGGCUUUCACCUCGCGGCUUAAUCCCAAUUGGGUUGGCUGGAGCGCAACCCAAUUGGGGGUUAAUUGGGAUUGCUACUUCGCGGGUGCUCGUCCGUCGUGGUCUUGGAUUGGCGAGGCGAAUCGACUGGUUUCCUGCAGCCUCCUUGGUAGGAUCAUGAAGCUGAAAAAUAGUGCACUGGAGACUUUUAAGGAGAACAAUACGAUUUUCACUCCUGAAGGAAAUUUCCACUCUACAAAGAUGCGAGAAGAGUAUGUUGCUGGUCCGAACCAACCAGCCGUUGUUGAGACAAGAUGCAAAUGGAUGAUUGGAGAUGUAACUGAGGUCCUGGAUCGCAACACGUGGAAGCUUGGAAAGAUCUUAAAGAUGCUGAAGAACGAUUACUUCGUUAUCAGGCUUGCUGAUUGCAUCCGACUGAAGGAGUUCCACAUAUCUAGCUUGAGAAUUCCACGCGGUCUGGAAGCUCCUGAAAGCAAGCCCUUUCAUGCAGCAGCGGACAAGGCCACCGGACGCGAUAAACGCCGACCAGCUGAUGGCGCCUCGCCCGGCACAAGAGCUGUGCAGCAGACGUGUCACCGAACAACCUACGAUCUAGGGAGCAGUGGCAAGAAGCGGAAACCAGACGCAGAUGCCUCUCGCCAUCCGGGCAUAGCAUCAGCACACAUCCGGAAGGUCGCCGCAGCCUCCAACCUGAACGGCGGCAUCGCCGACAGCUACCUGCACAACGAUCCGCAGGCCAUAGGAGACGCCCAAUGCUCGGUGGCCAGCUGCAGCGUCAACGACCUGUACCGCCUCGGCAAUGGCGGCAACGCAGAGCGGCGCCCCGCCGCCGCAGUGUGCCUCCCUGACGACGCCAUGUCCGCGUGCCCGUGCACGCCCGGUGCCAGGGACGGGGAGGGGGAGGAGGAGGCCGCGGCGGCCUUGCACGGGCUGCAGCUGGAGGCUUACCGGUCGACGAUGCGAGCGCUGUACGCGUCGGGGCCGCUGACGUGGGCGCAGGAGGCGCUGCUGACGAACCUGCGCCUGUCACUCAACAUCUCCAACGAGGAGCAUCUGCUCCAGCUCAAGCGCCUACUGUCCUCCUGAUCGGCCAUCCUUCUGGCCGGCCGAGCGCCGUCCUGUUCCGGCGAGCCUCUUCCUUUUUACUGUUCUUGUUAUACAUGGUUUAUUACAUUGUCUAGUUCAGGUAGAAAGAAUCCUAUGUUUAUACCAGUGUCGAGACAUGGAUGCAUACACAGAGACGCUUGCAUCUUUUUGAUGCCUUCGGUAUCCUGGAUAUAUCUCUUGCUUGUAAAUGCAAACAUAUUUACAAGUUUUUCUUUGAGGGGCCGUAUUUACAAGUUUUUUACACUCA